AUGGAUAUGUAUGGUAGGGCUGAAUCUAGUGUGCGGGCACCUAUACGGGAUACUAAUUUCUUUCUAGUCAAGGUAGGACUCCAUCAAAGGUCUGCAUUGAGCGUGUUUCUUUUUGCGGUUGUUUUGGAUGAGUUGUUCAAAUCGAUUCGGGAGACAGUCACAUGGUGUAUGCUCUUUGCUGAUGAUAUUGUGUUAGUAGCAGAGGAUAAGCAGAGCCUGAAUGUUAAGGCUGAGAAAUGGGUUAGUAACAUGACUAGAACCGAUGAUAAAGAACCAACUAGAACCGAAGACGUCCCCGUAACCCGCAAGCUUUUCGUUUCGGUAUACCGUUCUCGUUCCUUUGUUUUGCUCGUUUACUUUUCGGAUUAA